AAAAACCAGAAAAUUAUUGUACUGAAUUUAUUCAUGGUGAUUUAAGGGAUUUAUCAAUAUGCCGUAAGGCAGUAAAGGAUGUUAAUUGGGUUUUUCAUUUCGCUUCAAACACGGGUGGAAUGGGUUUUAUUCAUGAAUUAAAUAAUUUUAUCACGUACAAAAAUAACCAUUUAAUCACUGUAAACAUGGCACAAGCCUCACUUGAAGCAGGAAUAGAAAGAUUCUUUUAUGCAUCAUCAGCAUGUGUAUACCCACAAGAAAAACAAUUGAAUCCUAAUGAUUUGAGUUUAAAAUUAAAGGAAACUGAUGUAUGGUACCUCGAUAAUGGUGAACCUGGUCCCAAUCCGCAAGGUCUAUAUGGUCGUGAAAAACUUAACAGUGAAACUUUUUUAAUGGGAUUUCUAGAUUCGUCAAAAAUUAGAAUUGCAAGAUUUCAUAAUAUAUUCGGUGACGGUAAUAAUUGGGUUGGAGGAAGAGAGAAUGUCCCUGCCGCAUUAAUUCGUAAAGCUAUCUGCUCAACUAACGAAAAAGGCUAUUAUGAAAUUGAGAUAUGGGGUUCUGGUGAUCAAUGUCGUAGUUUUCUGUAUAUUGAAGAUUGUGUUGACGCCAUAAUUAAAUUAAUGGAAAGUGAUUAUUCUAAGCCAUUAAAUAUUG